UCUGGUCUUUUUCUUUCUUCUCUUAUUAUUACAACUUGGGUCAUAAUGGAAUAUUGAUCUGUUCAGAUUCUUGUAGUCCUUUGAAGUUACCCAUUUAUUAUAUUGUAUAUAUCCUUAUCUGGGUAUUCUUUGUUUGUUUGUUUAUUCUUUUUUUCUUACAAUUUUGGUUUUGUUUUUACUUCUUUGUUGGGUGUUUUUCCUUGUGCUUCGUUGAUUAUUUAAUCAUACCUAACCGCAUAAUCUAAAGUGUUUAGAAUAGGUAUAUUUGCUUUAGGAUUGGUAUUUAAUUAGUUGAAUACAAGGUCAAUCCCAUCGUUUUCAUCUCCAUUGAAGCAAAGUGCUAUAAGGCUCAGCUUUAUCUAGAAUUUUAUCUGUUGAAAUUGUAGGAUUUUUCUGUACAAAUAAUGAUCUUUGCCUCUUCUUCUUGAAGACCUUUCUCAUGCAUCAGCAACCAUUUUAUAAUUCGACUGUCCAGAGAGUUGGAACCAUGUCUUUAGUAAGGUCUGCCGAACCAGCUACUGCGUCAUGUAGAAAUACGAAUCUCUAUUCAAUACAGGAUAGCAGUGAUAGUACUGGCAUGGCCAUUCGAAUGUUUGGUUCUGAUAAGCAUAAGCCUGUUUAUGUUAUGGAUUCUUACAGCAGCGAGAGCUACGAGAAGUACUUCCUUGAUUCUCCUACAGAUGAGCUUAUACAUUCAUCUAGUUCUGGAAUUUCUGGAAGUUCGGUUCGCCUACAAGAUGUCUCUUCUUGCCAGAUAAGAGAUUACUUGGAAAUCCAAAGCCCAGAUACACUAGACUCUGAUUCGGAUAAGAUGAAACUGAAGCUUAAAGAACUGGAGAGAGCUCUGCUUGCUGAUAAUGAUGUUGAUGGGGAUGAUGACAUGUUUGGCACUGGUCUAAGCAUGGAAGUAGAUGGUGAGUGGUCUGAUCCUAUCAGGAUGGGUUCUCAUCACGACUCGCCAAAGGAGUCAUCAUCCUCCGGUACUUAUCUCGAUAGCGUUAGUGGUAACAAAGAGGUUUCACAUGUUUCAUCUCAGACUCCUAAGCAAAUGCUGAUUGAAUGUGCUGCUAUACUCUCAGAAGGUCACAUUGAAAAAGCUUCAGCCAUAAUAAACGAGCUUCGCCAGAAGGUCUCGAUUCAAGGAGAUCCGCCCCAGAGAAUUGCAGCCUACAUGGUCGAAGGCCUUGCAGCUCGCAUGGCAGCAUCCGGAAAAUGUCUUUACAAAGCUUUAAGAUGCAAAGAGCCCCCUUCUUCUGAUAGGCUUGCAGCAAUGCAAAUCCUCUUUGAAGUGUGCCCUUGUUUCAAGUUUGGAUUUAUGGCAGCAAAUGGUGCAAUUAUUGAGGCAUUUAAAGGUGAGAAAAGAGUACAUAUAAUAGAUUUUGAUAUAAGUCAAGGUAGUCAAUAUAUUACACUGAUUCAAACAAUAGCUAAGCUGCCGGGUAAGCCACCUCAUUUGAGGUUAACCGGAGUUGAUGACCCUGAGUCAGUCCAACGUCUUAAUGGAGGCCUCGAAAUUGUCGGACUAAGACUUGAGAAGCUAGCAGAAAUACUCGGUGUACCUUUCGAGUUUCGAGCAGUUCCCUCAAGGACUUCACUUGUUGCUCCAUCUAUGCUGGAUUGCAAGCCGGGCGAAGCACUUAUAGUGAACUUUGCAUUUCUACUCCACCACAUGCCUGAUGAGAGUGUUUCAACGAUCAAUCAGCGGGAUCAGCUUCUUCGGAUGGUUAAGAGCAUGAAUCCAAAACUUGUUACUGUCGUCGAGCAAGAUGUAAACACAAACACAUCACCAUUCUUCCCAAGGUUUAUCGAAGCCUAUAGUUACUACUCUGCUGUUUUUGACUCCCUGGACGCCACCCUUCCUAGGGAGAGCCAGGAUCGGAUGAACGUCGAAAGACAGUGCCUGGCACGGGACAUAGUUAACAUCAUUGCAUGUGAAGGAGAGGAAAGGAUAGAACGAUACGAAGUCGCAGGGAAAUGGAGGGCAAGGAUGAUAAUGGCUGGCUUCAAGUCAUGUCCAAUGAGUUCAAAUGUAAUUGAUACAAUCCAGAAGCUUAUCAAGGAAUACUGUGACAGGUACAAGCUGAAGGAGGAUGUGGGUGCACUUCAUUUUGGGUGGGAAGACAAAAGCUUGAUUGUUGCUUCAGCAUGGAGUUAGGAAGUUCAGCUCUGAAUGUUCAUUGUAAACUAUAGAGUUGUUCCAGAAAAAUGACUUUAAUCCUUUGUGCUUAUGUAAAAUUCCAGAGAAGAGUAGGUAUUGCUAAUUAUCUAACAUUUUUCUUGAAUAAUAUAUGUUUUUUGAAACA